ACUUCAAUUUUCGAAACAAGUCAGUCGGGCAGGCCAGUGUGAAGACAGUUCAAAGACAUGGUUGCCAUUAUUGUUGCCACUUGGCAGACACGUGAUCACAGGAAGACGUGGGAAGACAACACUACAAACAUCACCUUUGAAGUUUUGUUUCACAAUGUUGAUGUACCAAUGUUCACUCACAUUUAGAUGUUUUGUUUGAAAUGAAUUCCCCAAAGAAAAUGCCACCCAGAAAAGUCAAAAAGGGAGAAGCAAAAAAAUUUGUCUCGGAUGCGCGAUUCACCACCCUUAAAGUGACAAAACGGUUGUCAAUUCGUGAGUUUUUUAAGUCGAAUUCUCUCGAGUUUGCAAAAGGAAAAGGAUUUUAUCAACUGACAAAACCAGAAACUAUUCAAGAUAACAAAGAGAUCGUUGUAAGACGAAAAUCUGAUGGUCAAAUUGUGACAGGUGACGAGGUUCGAGAUGUUCUUGAAAUACCAAAAUCAACAUCAAAAUUCAAAUUGGACCAAGAAAAAGUAAAGGAUUUUGAUGUAUUUGUACAAUCUACAUCUUACAACCGUGUUCUUGUUCCAGAUUCAGAAUUUUUAUAUGAUAAUGGUGACAGUUCUUCUCCUACAGAUGAGAAAGAAAAAAAUGAAGAUACUCCCAAACAACCAAAAGCAUCUAAACGUCAUGCCGACUCAACUGAGGAGAAAGAGAAGAAAGGACAAAGCUCAGAAGAUUACAGUUCAGAAGCCAAAAUUGAAAGUAAAAAACCAAAAUCAGCAGAUGUGUCAGAUGUCAAAGAAAUAGUGUUUUCAUUUGAUACAACUGGUUCAAUGUAUCCGUGCUUAACACAGGUUCGAAGGAAAGUUUCUGACACAAUACAUCGAGUUUUCCAAGAUAUUUUGAACAUUCGAGUUGCAGUCUUUGCUCAUGGUGAUUAUGAAGAUAAACCUUCUACUUAUGACACAAAAUGGCUUGAUUUCACCACAGAUGAAAGUAAACUCUGUAAGUUUGUUGAGGAAGUAACAGCCACUUGUGGAUAUGAUUUUGAAGAAUGUUAUGAACUCGUAUUGAGACAGGUUAAAACCGAGCUUUCUUGGACUCCAAAUUCACAACGUGCUUUAGUGAUGAUUGGAGAUGCUCCACCUCAUGGUCCCUCAUAUCCACUGAAUACCCUUAAAAUCAACUGGAAAGAAGAAGCGAAGGAAAUGUACGAAAAUAUGAAUAUUCAUAUUUAUUCUGUUCAAGCUCUGGGUAAUAAUGCCUCCUCAUCUUUCUACAGUGAACUUGCAAAGAUAACUUGUGGCUGGCAUUUAAAACUGGAUCAAUUUGCUUCAAUUGUUGAUUUUUUAACUGCUAUUUGUUAUCGUGAGCAAUCUCUUGAACAACUUCAGAAAUUUGAAGAAGAAGUAAAAGGUCGAACUAAAGGUGGCGGGAUGAACCGAUCAUUACAUGCAUUGUUUGACACAUUAGCCGGUCGGGAUGUGUCGACAUACAAAGAAACAUCGUCAUGUGACCUCGUGCCUGUCUCUCCUUCACGUUUUCAAAUACUUGAUGUAGAUGAGCGUAUUGAUAUCAAGACAUUUGUGCAACGUAAUAGUCUAAUUUUUCGAACAGGGAGAGGUUUUUAUGAAUUCACAAAGCCAGAGAAGAUAACAGAAAAGAAAGAAGUUGUUUUAGUUGAUAAAGUUUCAGGUGAUAUGUACACAGGGCUCGAAGCUUGUCGAAUGAUUGGUGCAGGUGGUUCAGGCAAAGUUAAACCCAACGAUCUGGAAAAAUGGCGUGUGUUCGUUCAAAGUACUUCAUAUAAUCGCGUCUUGAUGCCAGAUACGGGAUUUCUUUAUGAGGUAGAUCCAGACCAUUAGUUGUCGUAAAAUACGUAUGUAUUUUUAUUUACUAAGUUUUAUUUUACUGUGAAUAUAAUUCCAGUACAUUCAUAUUGCAAAAAGUGUCGGUAGAAUGAUGUAUAUAAUUUUCCUGCUUUCUUCUUUAACGUUGUUGAACACCAAAAUAUGGUGUGACAUCGUAUGAACACAGCAUUUAAAUCAUGGUUUUCUUUAAGGAAAAUGACGAUGACAAUAUGUAGUAUAUAAUUUUUAAAGUAAGUCACUCUGAUUUUUGUUCAAGUAUAUUCUUGUUAUAUAUGUACUUGAAUCAGAUAACUUGUAUUUUAUUCUAUUAUUCGUAGUAUUCAAUUGAAUUGCAGUAUUGUUGUAUAGAACGAUUAGUAUGAGAA